AGGAAACAUAAACAGAAAAGGCUCCACUCCAGUAAGCUGCCGGAGUUGAAGCCGAUUGGUCUCUGCUUUUCCUUGCCUGUGGCAACUGACAGCACCUCCCAGCCUAGCAGGCCGGCUGCCUGCUCCCCCAGCCAGUCGGUGGGUCUGGGCACUGCAGCGGCUGGGCUCCCGUCCCAGGGCUUGCCUGGGAGAAGCGUGGUGUACUCACCCCGAGAGAAUCUCUGCUGCCCUCCUACUUUCCCGGGCUCUCUGUGGACUUUCGGGCUUCCUCCUUUCCUUUUUUUUUAUUUUUUAUUUUUUAAUUUUUAACUUAAUUAUAUUCCUAAUCCUGGAUGAAGUUGCUGGAUUCUGCAGCACAAGUCUUCAUGAACAAGCAGCACCGCUCAGAGAUUUCACGGCAUUCAAAGGUCACAGAACUGCCACUAUGGUUAAAUGUCUUGUUUAAUGGUUGAGAGGUGUGGCGAAAUCUUGUUUGAAAACCCUGAUCAGAAUGUCAAAUGUGUUUGCAUGCUAGGAGAUGUACGACUGAGGGGUCAGACGGGGGUUCCUGCUGAACGCCGUGGCUCCUACCCAUUCAUUGACUUCCGCCUACUUAACAAUACAACACACUCAGGGGAAAUUGGCACCAAGAAAAAGGUGAAAAGACUGUUAAGCUUUCAACGAUAUUUCCAUGCAUCAAGGCUGCUUCGUGGAAUUAUACCCCAAGCCCCUCUCCACCUGCUGGAUGAAGACUACCUUGGACAAGCAAGGCAUAUGCUCUCCAAAGUGGGAACGUGGGAUUUUGACAUUUUCCUGUUUGAUCGCUUGACAAAUGGAAACAGUCUGGUAACACUGCUGUGCCACCUCUUCAACACACAUGGACUCAUUCACCAUUUCAAGUUAGACAUGGUGACCUUACACAGGUUUUUAGUCAUGGUUCAAGAAGAUUACCACAGCCAAAACCCGUAUCACAAUGCGGUUCACGCGGCCGACGUCACCCAGGCCAUGCACUGCUACCUAAAGGAGCCAAAGCUCGCAAGCUUCCUCACGCCUCUGGACAUCAUGCUUGGACUGCUGGCAGCAGCGGCCCACGAUGUCGACCACCCAGGGGUGAACCAGCCAUUUCUGAUCAAAACUAACCACCACCUCGCUAACCUGUAUCAGGCUUCUGAAUGCUUGGAUGUGGCUGAACAGAGGCAAUUCUUGGGAGGCAGCAAGAAUAUGUCUGUGCUGGAGAAUCACCAUUGGCGAUCUACAAUCGGCAUGCUUCGAGAAUCAAGGCUUCUGGCUCACUUGCCGAAGGAAAUGACACAGGAUAUUGAACAGCAGCUGGGCUCCUUGAUCUUGGCUACAGACAUCAACAGGCAGAAUGAAUUUUUGACCAGAUUGAAAGCUCACCUCCACAAUAAAGACUUAAGACUGGAGGAUGUACACGACAGGCACUUUAUGCUUCAGAUCGCCUUGAAGUGCGCUGACAUUUGCAACCCCUGUAGAAUCUGGGAGAUGAGCAAGCAAUGGAGCGAAAGGGUCUGUGAAGAAUUCUACAGGCAAGGUGACCUUGAACAGAAAUUUGAACUGGAAAUCAGUCCUCUUUGCAAUCAACAGAAAGAUUCAAUCCCUAGUAUACAAAUUGGUUUCAUGACCUACAUCGUGGAGCCCCUGUUCCGGGAAUGGGCCCGUUUCACGGGAAACAGCGCCCUGUCUGAGAGCAUGCUCGGCCAUCUCGCACACAACAAAGCCCAGUGGAAGAGCCUGUUGCCCAAGCAGCACAGAAGCGGCGCCGGUGGCGAUGGCGGGGGCGGCGGCGGCCCGGACCCCCGCCCGGGGACUGAGGACGAGGAGCCUACCGGGACCGAAGGCGACGCCGCGUAGUGCCAGCCCCGCCCGCCCCCUGCUCUGCACACUGAGAAGGACCGCCUCCUGGAGCAGAGGCCUGGGAGAGGGCAGCAGCUCGGAGGGGCUCCGGCCGGCGACCCAGCCGGCCCCUCUCUGGGUGUGGUCCUGGGGCUCUGGGGAACGCCCCCUCCUCCACUUCCCCGCCUCCCUCCUUUCUCCAAGUGUACAGAAGCCAUUGUCACCUCAGCAUCAGCUGCCCAAAUGAGCAACUCCAUUCCGCAACGAGGGAGCCGAUUCCAGGGGCCGACUUGGCCCUCGAGGAGAAGACCCGGGAGUAAGAAGCGGUGCUUCGGCCGCGGCCCCCUCGGCCCUGGGUCCCACUGGGACAGGCAGCACCUCCUAAGUCCAGAGCAUCUUCACGUGUGCCGUCAGACUGCUGAUCUGCAUGACAAAACACCAGCAUAUUUGGAACUCCAAGGAUAUUGGUCUUAAGUGCAAGAGCACAAACGAGAGCGUUAGAGAAAGUACCUUCUAUUUUAAUAAUAAUUAUUAUUAUAAAAAAUAAUAAAUCUUUUUAACUUUUCUAUUGUAUGCACUCGAUAGUGGAUCGAAAACUUUGGACUAAGAUUACUCAAUGUACCCAAACUCGAACAGGGGGUUCAUUGUUUUCUUACAGACUUUAUGCCACUUUGGGUCAGAGAUUUGGCAUCUUCUUGGUUUAAGAAACCACGUUUCCUAUCCGAUCUGAGGGGAAGGUGCUGUACAGUUCAUUCCUUUGCACCAUUAGCCCACCUGCCUUUUAUCCAUAACUCAGAUUCAGUGACAUGUUUAUAUUCCCACCUGUACAUUUUCUGUAAAUACUGAGCGCUACUGAUUCCCAUGCCAAAAUACAAGAGUAUUAUGGGAUUGCUACCUGUAUAAACAAUGGCACUGUGAACAGAAUCCUGUUAGUUUUAAUACAAGAGAAUGCAUUUGUAAAUAUGGUAUAGAGUCUAUUAAUAUACUAUUGUUUGCAGAUAAAGGCCUUAACUUUAAACAUCUUUCAUCUUCUGAAAGCUGCCCAACUUAAAUCCUCACAGAUGUCCUUCUGAACUGCCUUCCCGUGUCCGUCUUUACGCUUUCCAGCUAAGGUCACAAAGCAAAACUGAAUAAAGUCUUUGAAGAAAGAGUUUGGAAACUUCACGUGCAUUCCGCUUGCGACCAUAGUGCUCAAUCUAUGGCGCCAAGCGCCGUGUCCUCAGAUGAACAAGACCCUUCAGCAAGCCUGGAGUCUCCUUUCAACACAGUGACGUUGCACUCUGUUUAAACAAGCCAGCUGAUAAACUUGUGUUUAUACGACUCUGGUCAUGGAACAUGGUGGUGUGUCAGCCUCGUGGGACACAUAGCAGGUCUCACACCCCUUCUGUGAUCCUGUCAUCUGUCAGGGACUUCCCUGCUCCCCUGCCGUCUCUUCUGGCUACAGUACCAAAGCACCUUUGGUUUAUGGUUGGCGUGCAUUUCUUUGGUGUUAAUAGUAACUGGAUUUUUCUUUUUCCUUCAUUUCAUGUGAACAACUACCCAGCUGUUUAGCAGAAGUUAACAUAAUUUAAGUAAAGAAAAUAUUUCCGUUUUCUGAUAGGAUUUACCUUCCUGGCAGGUGAUCGUGGUGAAUUGAGGCUCUGGCUAGCAGAGUCACCUUGGAAUUUAUUGCCGUUUCUUCUGCAGACACUUGGCCAUAAAAUCAACUUGUUAUAGCAUUCUUCUCUAGUCGGCUACCCUCUGUGCAUUGAACCUUUUCUCUAGAAGUUCUAGCAUGACUAAUGGCAGAUGAAAAUUGGCCAUGUCCCAUUUCUUUUUAGCUUAACCAACAUGGUAGAAAGAGAAUUACAAUGUGAUUGUUUCUACUGCUGCCAAGCUGUUUCGCAAGCUGAUAAAACAUCAGCUAACUCUCCCUCCCGAAGUGCAACUCUUUUUUUUUUUCCCCUCCUAACAUACAAAUGAAAUGUUAGAAACUUGACUGGAUUGUAUUAAGUUCCAGCAGGGAGACCGAGGCUUGCUGAGUUAAGGUUUAGAGGAAAUUUGGAAAGUUGGUUGUAUUUUCAUUCAAGUAAGAGAGAUUAUCGGAUGGUACUAAAGAAAGUGUGAAAACCUCAUGAAAUGGGUGGAUGAUAAGUUGAAAUUGUUGAUGUGGGUAAGAAGGCAAGUUAUAAAAACUUAACACUAACUUUGGGUUUUGGUUUGGGGGAUUUUUUUCUUUCCUGUAAUAACUAUGAACUGACACACAAGUCUUUAUUGCUUUAAUACUCUGAAGCUCUCGGCUUGGUGAGGCCCCAAAAGAGAACGUAUUGAAUGUAUUUCUGCUUCCAGACCUCUCUUAUUUUGAUUUGGUGAUGCAGAGGGCAUUUCAUAAUCUAUUUUUAAUAUACAUGAGAUCAAAUCAAGGAAAGCGGUUACUGGGGAGGAUACAGUAGCGAUAAGAAAGAAGAUGCCAUUUUAGCUAAUGGAGCCUCUACUUUGAGUUUAGGAGAUGGACUUUGUUUAAACUAUAUUUAUAUCAUAAUUUAAAUAAACAAGAUUGGAGGCCUUUUUAGUAGUUCCAAGUUUAUAGGACGAAAGUAUGUUAGUUCUUAAAGAAGAGCUCACAGAGAAAACUACCAAAUAUCUAACAAUUAAGCCUAGAAAGCAGCCACUAGUACAAUAAAAUUCUUAAGGAAAAUAAAAUGUGAUGCAUAAACUAUAUCCAUUUGUCUCCCUUCAGCCAUCUGAAGAUUUCUUGAGUUCCUUGUUUUUUGACAAAAAAAAAAUGUGAAAACUUUUUUUUUUCCUGCCUCUAGUGACUCUCUUCAAUAUCUCAAAAGAAGGAGUCCGAUUACUGGUUAAGACACAGCUGUUGGGUCAUCUGUGGACUUGAUCUUCAUGUUCUUCUCUUAGUCCAUGGACCGGUAAAGAGCUGACUUCCCAAGUUUAAUCCUUUCAGUGCUUGAGGAGAGAGGUGUCAAAGGGCUAUUUUUAGUAAGUGAAAGGUAAAGUCAAAAUCGAAGAGAGAGAGAAUAGAUAUCACUGCCAGGCCUGAUAGGCAAAGCCUGCUUUUCCUUUUAACAGCACCUGUGAGUAGUCAGAACCCUGUUCCUGAAACCCUGACUACCCCUAACUCCCUGCUCGGCUGAGUGAACGUCCCGCUCUGUUCCUACCUGCCCAAGGCUUCCUGCAACGGGACGUGGAGCGUGUCCUGCAACACUGUCCCCAGACAGUGCUUCCUGCAAAACACAGGCUUGUUCUCUAACCUUUUCUCGUGCUGAAUCAGAUCUGCUCACUGAUUGAACAUUGGUUCUGAGCUUGUAUCUCACUGUAUUUCUUAUGCUUUGUUCUUUUAAGCAAACUCUUAAAAUUGUGUUGUUUUGUGUACACACAUGGGGUUUGGGGGGGAAAAAAAAUACCUUGUGAGUUUCUGCUCAAAAUGUGGCCUAAAUAGCCAUUGGCAUGUCUAGAUAAAUAAUUAAAAAUAAAGAUAAUUUCUUUAAAAUAUCACACUAUGAAAAUAUCCUGAUUCUCACCAGGUAACAUGUUACCAGCCAACCAAUCAGAUUCACGGUCAAGGUCAAGAGCACAGAUGCAGACAUGGUCCAGGUGACUCAUUCCACUGGGGGGUUGUAGAAACAGCCAUGUCAGUGAAACCAUUAUUCACCAGUCAAUGCCAAGAGAAGGGAAAAAAGGCCACCGUUCAGCUCUGCAUUUCCCCUGAGCCCUGAUUUUUUUUUCUGAUCCACAUUUGUCAAACUCACAUAUGAAUGAGAAUCGGGUACAAUGUUUUACAUUGUGAAAACAUAGCGGACUCAAUUCAAGAAUUACUUGUGAAAAAUAUGGUCUUGCAUUUCAGGAUUGGAAGCCACCAAGAACAGUAGCAGAGUUCAGGCAGGAAAGCUGAGAGUCUAAAUCUAUCUGGAAAUGGAGGAGAU